GGGUGGGAACGCCGAGGUUAAACCAGUGGAAGGCAACUUUGAGGGCAUUAAGAGAUGGACAAUAACAUUGACGCGAACUACGAAUAUCUCCAGGAGCAGCAGAUGAUGCUGGAAGAGCCUCAGGAGCAGGCGGCAGAAGGAGAUGAUGUGGAGUCACUGUCGCAGACACAAGGCGAGGAAGCUAUAGACGAUGACGACCAAGGUAUGAUGGGGGAUUCUGUGUUUGCCAAUGUUGGCCAAGGUCUGGAGGGUAAUUAUCGUAACAUGAUGAUGGCUUACUGGCAGGAGACCAUCAACAGUAUCGAGCACGAGGAUCAUGACUUCAGGAACCAUCAGCUGCCGCUUGCAAGGAUCAAGAAAGUUAUGAAGACAGACGAAGAGGUACGGAUGAUCAGUGCGGAGGCUCCCAUUCUGUUUGCCAAAGGAUGCGAUAUCUUCAUCACCGAGCUGACGAUGCGUGCUUGGAUACACGCAGAGGAGAACAAAAGACGCACGCUGCAACGGAGUGACAUUGCAGCGGCACUACAGAAGAGUGAUAUGUUUGACUUUCUAAUCGAUAUUGUUCCCAGAGAGGAA